AUGGUGCCUCGAUAUACCACUAUUGAUAUCUUGAAUAAUUGCGAUGGGUUCCCAGACCCUGAGAAGGAUCCUCUCGGCCACGCGAAAGAGAUGGGCAGGCUCUACACCCUCGUCUGGAAGGACAGCGAAGGGACGUUCCCCAUCGGCUAUGUCCCGCUCACGGUGCUAGAAGCGCUAGAAAACACCCCCGAGAGCAUCAGGGGCCCCCUUGAUGUUGACCAUGAGGCCAGAACCAUCUUGGCCUUCCAGGAGCCCGACACCGAAGAAGCCCGCACCAAGCUCGUGGGCCAACUGACGGCAUACUGGCGUCAAAACCAGGCAUUCCGCAUCCUCAAGGGCUGGCGCGAUGAGCUUUGGCCGGUCUACGGCCGCAACGGGGAACUGCUGUUCAGCAUCGAGAGGGUGGCCAUGGGACUCUUCGGGACCCCUCGCUUCGGCGUCCACAUGAUGGCCUUCAUCCGCCGGAAUGACGGCAACAGCCGCUAUGACCUUAGAUUCUGGGUCUCCAAGCGUGCCGCCACCAAGUCGUCGUACCCGGGUAUGCUGGACAACACGGCCGCCGGCGGACUGAUGACCAAUGAAGAUCCCUUUGAGUGCAUCAUCCGCGAAGCUGACGAAGAAGCGUCGUUGCCAGAGGACUUGGUGCGCAAACACGCCAAGGAAACCGGCACCAUCACCUACAUCUAUAUCACAGACGAGCGCGCCGGCGGUGAGCCCGGCUGGAUCUACCCAGAGGUUGAAUGGAUUUAUGAUCUUGAGCUGCCCGCAGAUGGGAGCGUCACCCCUUGUCCCAAGGACGGGGAGGUUGAGAGUUUCCGUCUACACACGGUGGAGGAGAUCCAGGAGCAACUAGCCCAGGGGCUGUGGAAACCGAACUGCGCCAUAGUGAUGCUCGAUUUCUUCGUCCGGCACGGGAUAUUGACGCCCGAAAACGAGCCGCACUAUGAUGAGUUCCGCGCUAGGUCGCACCGCUUCAUCCCUUUCCCUGGGCCGCAUUGGGCCCAUUGGCAACAUGCCUCUCCGCCGGAAAAGAGGUCAUAA